AAUGAGACUGGUCAUCCUUGUGUGCCAGCUUGGCCUCAUUCUGAGGAUCGAGGCCCAGAUACCAUCUGCUUGUAUUGUUAGCGAUACAAACAGACCUCCAGAAAACUCAGACAUAACUGUGACGUGUGGCACUGAGUAUAUUGACCUGAGCAUCUACCUGUGCCCGGUGUACCAAGCUUCUUACAAUGAGUCUCUGAUGGUCAUCAAUGAUCAGAAAGAAUCACCUGAGUGUUUUGGGACUGCUGACUUGACCGCGGAUCCACCAGUCUUAAAAUACAGAUUUCCCCUGAAUGAAAGUUCCAUCUCAUCCUGCAAAAAUGACUUUAAGAUAACCACUGAGAUUGGGAAAGGGGACUAUGCUGACUUCUCAAACGUCCAGUUCAUCAACAUCUCUGGCAUCGUUAACUCGAUAGACCCCGCUAAGACUGCGAUCACCUAUCGCGCGCAGAUCCUGUACAAGUUCUCCUGCUUCUACCCGAUGCAUUAUCUGUUGAACAACACUCAACUGGGCGUCUCAGGCGUGAGUCUUGUCAUCAGAGACAACAAUGGCAGCUUCAUCAGCACACUGAGUAUGAUGCUCUACCAAGAUGAAAGCCACAGACAGUUACUUACUAUCCCACAAACGGGAAUUAACCUGAAGACCAAGAUUUAUGUUGCAGUUACGGCCACCAAUCUAACAGAAAGGUUCAACGUGCUGCUGGACAGAUGCUACGCAUCAACAAGUCCAUAUGACACGAAGAGCGAACAUUAUGACCUUUUCAUAGGGUGUGAACGUGACGCACAAACUAAGGUGGGACUCAAUGGGGAGUCUCAGAAAGCAACCUUCUCUUUUGAGGCCUUCAGAUUUGUGGUGCACAAAAAUAUGUCAGUUUCCACAUUCUACCUGCACUGCAUCACCAGGCUGUGUCAGGUGUCCGAGUGCAGCUCAUUAAAGGCUAACUGUGCAUUACCCGCAAGGAGAAAGAGAAUGGCCGAGGAAGAGAAGGAUGUGUACAACGCUACGGUCACCUCAACUUCCAUUGUUGUGAAGAGACAGACCAGUGAAGAUGGCCAAACUCUCUCAGCUCCUUACAGUAUGUCACUUGAGGGCAACUACAGCAGCCCCUUGGUGGCUGUAAUUGUCUGCAUCGUCAUCCUAACUAUUCUCUUCGUCGCCAUGGGCGUUUACUUUGUGUGGUUCAUCAGAAGGAGAAAACCAGUCAACCAGUAACACAGCCUGACUGAGAGCGGAUUCCCUUCACCUUUCUCCCAAUCUUCCAGUUUAGUACUUCAUCAUCUACAAAGCAUGGACUUUAUGCUGCAGAGAUAGAAAAAAAACAAGUCAUGAGAAACAAUAGCCAUAAUAUUAUACUAUCAUACUGUCAUAUAUCUAUAUAUUUCCAUUUCACAAACAGCAUUAUAACAAGGUGGGCAUCGGUUAUCCGAGUUAGCAACUUUAUAAUCAUUACAAAUCACAUAGUUUAUUAAUGUGGAGAUAAGGGCACAGAUCUGUACUAUCAUUUUGUAUUAUAAUUAGGUUUUAGUUUUAAUCAUGUUGUCAGUGUUAUAUUGACAUAUUUAACGAAUGGUGGCAUAUUUUGUAAUCAGUUAGAAAUGGUGUACUUUUAAAUGUUUUCAAUGAGAGUGAUGAAGAAAGUACUAUGCUUUAUUCUUUGAUAAAUCACACCAUUAAACUAAACAUACAAGUUUGGACCGUGUCUUACUCUAUGACUGGAUGCUUGAGUAUAUUAUAGAGAUCUAUACUAUAGUUUUGCUGUACUCC